AUGCCGGUCCGGAGGGGCCAUGUGGCUCCGCAGAACACAUUCCUCGAUACCAUCAUCAGGAAAUUCGACAGUCAGAGUCGCAAGUUUGUCAUCGCCAAUGCGAGAGUGGAGAACUGUGCCAUCAUCUUCUGCAACGAUGGCUUCUGCCACAUGUGUGGUUACUCGCGUGCUGAGAUCAUGCAGAAGCCAUGCACGUGUAACUUCCUGUAUGGACCGGACACCAAGCGACUGGCUAUUGCCCAGAUGACGCAGGCCUUGCUGGGCUCAGAGGAGAGGAAAGUGGAGAUCAACCUUUACCGCAAAGAUGGUCAUUGCCUCCUGUGUAUGGUGGAUGUGGUGCCGGUGAAGAACGAGGAUGGUGUGGUGAUCAUGUUCAUCCUCAACUUUGAGGUCAUGUCAGAGGAGACACUUCAAGACCACAAACAGGAGCUUAACCACCGCCUGCCCACCUGGCUUGUCACUGGUCGUCCACGAGGCUUCAAGCUACGUCUUCCCCUGCUGCGCUCCCUUUCCAACAGUAAGGCAUCUCUGGACGACACAGAGGCCGGUCACAUCCCCACUGCUACACCCCUGCCACUGCACCCAGACCACCACAGUCACGAGUCCUUAGGCCUGGGGGAGUUCCUGCCCCUUCCCCCUUUAUCACCAGACCACCAAGAGCAAAUCAGUGGAAGCAGGUCAGUUCUACAGAGUUGGCCAGAAGACCGCCAGGAGGACCAUCACACCUUGCUGGGCUCUGGGCCUCCUGUACCCCCGCCUCCACCUCCGCCACCUCCGCACGGAGCCCACCUGGUGGGUCAGCUCACCCAGUCAUCACCCUGCGUAGCGCCCCACCACCGCCUCAGCCUCAACCCGGACGGCUCGGGCUCUAACUGCUCAUUGUCACACAGCCGCUCGCGAGAAAGCUUCCACAGCAUGCGUCGUGCGUCCUCUGUAGACGAGAUCGAGGCCAUGAGGCCCGACUGGGACAGAAAGAACCGGAGAGCGAGUGUCCGGCAAGGCAGCAGCAGCACUGGUGCAGUAAACAGUAAAUCCAACAUACUAAACUCCACGUCAGACUCGGACCUCAUGCGGUACCGAACCAUCUCCAAAAUCCCCCAGAUCACCCUCAACUUUGUGGAUUUCAAACCUGAUCCACUGAUCGCCCUGCCUACCGGGGAGAUGGACAUCAUAGCUCCCUGCAAACUCAUCGACCGGACGCACAAUGUCACAGAGAAGGUCACACAGGUGCUGUCUCUGGGUGCAGAUGUGUUGCCAGAGUACAAGCUCCAAGCUCCUCGCAUCCACAAGUGGACAGUGUUACACUACAGCCCCUUCAAAGCAGUGUGGGAUUGGCUUAUCCUGCUGCUGGUCAUCUACACCGCCAUCCUGACGCCCUACUCAGCCGCGUUCCUCCUCAAUGACCAGGAAGAGGUCGCCAUGCAGAGCUGUGGUUACUCCUGCUCUCCUCUCAACGUGGUGGACCUCAUAGUGGACAUCAUGUUCAUUAUCGACAUCCUCAUCAACUUCAGGACGACGUAUGUGAACUCUAAUGAUGAAGUGGUGAGUCACCCGGUGCGCAUCGCUGUCCACUACUUCAAAGGCUGGUUCCUCAUCGACAUGGUGGCUGCUAUUCCCUUUGACCUGCUCAUCUAUCGCAACGGAGAGGAGACGACGACUCUGAUUGGCCUGCUGAAAACGGCUCGUCUCCUGCGAUUGGUCCGCGUGGCCAGAAAGCUGGAUCGCUACUCUGAGUACGGCGCAGCUGUCCUCUUCCUCCUCAUGUGCACCUUCGCCCUCAUCGCCCACUGGCUGGCCUGCAUCUGGUAUGCCAUCGGUAGUGUAGAGAGAAAUGGUUCAAUUGGCUGGCUCCACACACUGGGAGACCAACUGGGAAAACACUACAAUGACUCCGUCCGAGGGUCGGGACCUUCCAUCAAAGACAAGUACGUCACGGCUCUGUACUUCACCUUCAGCAGUCUGACCAGUGUGGGAUUUGGGAAUGUUUCCCCUAACACCAACUCUGAGAAGAUCUUCUCCAUCUGCGUCAUGCUCAUAGGGUCCCUGAUGUACGCCAGUAUCUUUGGGAACGUGUCCGCCAUCAUCCAGCGGCUGUACUCAGGGACGGCCCGCUACCACACCCAGAUGCUUCGAGUCAGGGAGUUCAUCCGUUUCCACCAGAUCCCCAACCCGCUCAGGCAGAGGCUGGAGGAGUAUUUCCAACACGCCUGGUCCUACACCAAUGGCAUUGACAUGAACGCUGUCCUGAAAGGUUUCCCUGAGUGUCUCCAGGCGGAUAUCUGCCUGCAUCUGAACCGGACAUUGCUGCAGAACUGUAAGGCUUUUAAAGGCUCCACCAAGGGCUGCCUCAGGGCGCUGGCCAUGAAGUUCAAGACCACCCACGCACCCCCAGGUGACACGCUGGUCCACGCCGGAGAUGUCCUCACUGCCCUCUACUUUAUAUCCAGGGGAUCCAUAGAGAUUCUCAGAGGAGACGUGGUGGUAGCCAUCUUAGGGAAGAAUGACAUCUUCGGCGAGCCUAUCAACCUGUACUCCCGACCGGGUAAAUCCAACGCUGAUGUGAGAGCUCUAACCUACUGUGACCUCCAUAAAAUCUUCAGAGAAGACGUCCUGGAGGUGCUGGACAUGUAUCCUGAGUUUGCAGACCAUUUCUGGAACAACCUGGAAAUCACCUUCAACCUCCGAGAUACCAACAUGAUCCCAGGCUCUCCAAGCAGUGACGAUUCCAACUGUGGGGGAUUCAACAAAUUGCGGAGACGCAAGUUAUCUUUCCGACGACGCACAGAAAAAGAUGAUGCAGAUGCUGGAGAAAUUAAAAAGUCCCAUAAGUCUGUGAGACGAAGACACAGGGAGGCAGCUAACAACCAGAAGCAGGAAGAGGCGCCUAAGAGGCAGUGGGAGGCACAUCGGAGCUCGGUGUCCUCUCACUCCAGUGGUGAUGAGGGGGAGGAGUCAGUUGUGACAGGCCUUGCCCCUCCUCCUGAAAUGUUGGGUAACCCACAGGGUCAGGCCACGUCCAUGAACUUUAAUGAGAAUACAGAGGGUGAUGGAGACCCAAAGACUGGGAAUACCUGCAACGCCCUGUCAGGUGCAUUCUCAGGUGUGUCUAAUAUCUUUAGUUUCUGGGGGGAGAGUCGGGGGGGUGGUCAGUACCAGGAGGUUCCCAGCUGCAGCCUGGCCUCCCCACCACCCCUCAACACGCCAAUACAUAGCCUGAGCCGCCAGCAACGCAACCAGCUGGACACACGCCUGGACCUGCUGCAGAAACAGCUCAAUAGGUUGGAAAGUCGCAUGUCAACAGACAUCGGAGCGAUCAUGCAGCUUCUGCAGAGACAGAUGGCUUUGGUUCCUCCUGCCUACAGCGCUGUCUCCACACCACCUCAGGCCUCGCCUUAUCCUGGUCCCGGUCCCGGUCCAGGAGAGAGGCUGGCUCAGCCCGUAACACCUCUGGAGACAGACACCCUGGCUUCUUUAUCACAGAUCUUGGAUUCCCAGGACUUUGAGGAGUUCCCAGCCAAGCCCCUUGACUCUCUGCAGGUCCAAGACUCUUCUCUGAUCAAUACCAGCCAGGGCCAGCUCACACCCUCUAGACUGGACAGCCUGGGGCAGCAUCUGGAGCUGGACCUGGGACUGGGGACUGGAGCUGGGGUUAUUUCAGGGCCAGUAGUAGGUUCAGGUUUAGGGUUGGAGUUAGGGAGUGGGGUAGCAGUGGGCUCAAGCUUAGGUGCAGAAUUAGACUUUGGGUCAGAGGUAUGUAUUGUGGCUGGGGUUGGGCCAGCAGCUGGAUCAGUGUCUCCCUUGGAUCCUGAAACUCAAAGGAGGCUGUCUCUCCAAGAACCACAGACACCUCUGGAUUCACGGACACCACAAAGACACAGCUCCGACCCUGGGGGGAGCUAAGGAAGAGGUAAAGGGGGAGGAG